GUCAAGUAUUCGAACUGUUCUAAUUGUAUUACCUAACUAUUAACACAUACCGUUACGAGCCCCGGUCAAAUUCUAUAGAGUUGACAAUUUUAGCUUAAUAUCCUCUUUUAAGCAUCAGGGUUCAUAAGUAGACCCGGGAUGUUUAUAAUGAGACAACUAUCGCUUUUCAAUUGCAGUCGCAACUCAUAAACUCUCUCAACAAGCCAUGAGACUUCUGCUCGACUCUCUUCAAAACAGAGUCUUUAACUUUGAAAACAAUAACCAUCAUGGUCGCGAUAACAGACACUUUAAUGCUGUCUACGGAUAAGCCUGUGAUGCCGCGCCUUGCAGCGUUGCUUGCCUGUCUUGUGCUGGGAUAUAUGAUGUGGGCCGUCAUAUACAAUCUCUUCUUUAGUCCCCUUCGUAAGGUUCCAGGCCCAAUACUGUGGGCAAUCUCACCCCUUCCCCAAGGUCUUACGCAAUGUUUCGGGACGCCUCACAAAACGAUUCUUGCGCUGCACCAAAAGUAUGGUGAUGUCGUGCGUACGGGACCCAAGUCAGUCUCUUUACUCAAUCAUGACGCAUGGAGGCAAGUGUAUGGCCAUCGCAAGGCAGGACAGCCAGAAAAUCCUAAAGAGCCCUCCUUCUUCCAAGCGAUCUCCCAUAGCGUUGUCGCCGCAGAUUCCGAGAACCAUACUCGAAUUCGCCGGGUACUUGCUGGUGGGUUCUCUGCACAAAGCAUGAUCAAGCAAGAAUCUCUGAUCGGGGGUUACAUCGAUCUUUUCUUUGAGCGAUUGAGGGAACACCAUCUUAGCGGCAAGCCCAUUGACGUGGUUAAGUGGUUCAACUACCUGACAUUCGACGUGAUUGGCGAUUUGGCAUUCGGAGAGCCCUUCGGUUGCCUGGAAAAUUCGAAUUACCACACCUGGGUUGCCAUGGUAUUUGAACAAUUCAAGGAGAUCCAGAUGUUGGCGCAACUGCGACGAGCUUACCCAACCCUGAAUGCCGCCAUUAGCCCGAUACUUCAAACGUUCGCUGCGAAGAAAAUACGGGCGCACGACGAGUUGGUUGAGAUCAAAGUUGAUAAGCGACUGGCUUUACAGUCCGAACGACCUGACUUUAUGGACGCCAUGACCGCGCCAGGUCCAGAUGGCAAACAGAAAUUAUCUCUCAAAGAACUGCAGCAUAACGCGAGUGUCUUGAUUGUGGCUGGUUCUGAGACGACUGCAACCACGCUAUGUGGCAUAACGUCCCUACUAUGUGCGCAUCCUCGAGUGCUGGCUAAACUUCGCGAUGAGGUCUUGUCGGCAUUUAGCACCGAGGCCGAAAUCACUCUUGUCAGCGUCCAGAGACUCAAAUACAUGACGGCAGUCAUUGACGAGGGUUUGCGAAUCUAUCCUGCGGCACCCGCUUCCGCGCCACGUCUGAUCCACCAAGGAGGUGCUACAAUCUGCGAUACAUAUCUUCCCCAGGGCACUAUCGUGGACAUCUGGCAUUGGCCUAUGUACCACAGCGAAAGUAACUUCGCCUUGGCAGAAUCAUUCAUUCCUGAACGAUGGCUAGGCGACCCACGGUUUGCGAAUGACAACAAGGAUGCUUUCCAACCCUUUUCCACUGGAGGACGGAACUGCUUGGGCAGGAAUCUUGCAUACGCAGAGAUGAGAUUGAUUCUGGCGAGGCUCGUUUGGAACUACGACAUCUCGUUUGUCAACGAAGCAGAUAAAGACUGGGUUAAGGACCAGCAGAUGUGGGUCUUGUGGGAUAAGCCACCCUUGAACAUACACCUUGAACGUCGCAAGGACCAGUGAAGCAAGCCUGCAUAUUAAUAGCAAGUGCCCCUACGUAAAGGGGUACGACUAUUGUUGUUAUCUAACGCCCGGGGGAACAGCUGAUUGCUAGUCCACAGCCUCCUUAGGGGCAUAAGGGGCGUGCUAGGCUAGUAUUUACUAUUUACUCUAUGUAACAGUACAUAGACACCUAUCUAACAAAUCGAGUCCAAUGACAUUAUCGCCAAGGCCUUCCUAAGCUUUAUUACGUGGGAAUUCUCACACGACGGUCG